AAGGGAGUUAUGGACACAGAGAAAGAGAUGGACAAAGUGAAAAAUGCAACUGAUGCAUUCUGCAGAUCUCUGGGACAAAGAACUUCCUGCAAGGCAACAAUCAGUAAUAUGCUGGGAUGUGGAGCUGUGCUUCUUUUCUUUGGUGCAGUGCUCUUCUUGUGUGCUUGUGUGACUGCUCCUCACCUGUGGAAACUCCGAGAUAAGAACGUUUAUAAUGUUCGCUACAGCUUGAACAUCAACGGGGAGGUGAGGGAGGGCUCCAUGGAAAUUGAUUCUGACAACAAUCUGGAGAGAUUUAAAACUGGGAGCGGAGCUGAGGAAGCUGUGGAGAUUCAUGACUUUCAAAUUGGAAUAACUGGAAUCCGCUUCUUUGGAGGAGACAAAUGCUACAUAAAAUCCCAAAUCAAAGCAAACCUUCCGCUCCUGGGAGCUCACAACAAAGAGACGCUGAUGUUUGACCUGACAGACGAAUUAUUGCCUGCGACGUUUGGUGAGGAGUCCCUGGUAUGGGUUCCAGCAGAGCAGCCACUGAAGGACACCACAUUUCUGAGCAACAAAAUUCUGGAUCUUUGUGGCGAAUUUCCCAUUUUCUGGCUCCAGCCUGUUGUUUUUAAAGAUGGGGAGAGGAAAAAGCCAGGCGUGCGGCGGGCCAAACGGCAGUUAAACAUGGAGGAGAUGAAGGCAGCUGCUGAGGCGAGGGACCCGGUCAGUCGCACUAAGCAUGACGCCUCAGAAAGUCCGGACAGAGGGGAGUCGGGCGCUGGGUCAGCAUACAACCCCGAAAACCCUUACCAUCGCAGCGGAGGAGCCAGAGACGAGAGCGCCGUGACCUUUGACACCAUGUUGGAGCACCAGGGAAUCUGCUGCUCAGAAUGCCGCCGCAGCUACACUCAGUGCCAGAGAGUGUGCCACCCUCUGAGAGGCUACUGGCCCUGGCCCUACCACCACAGAGGGUGCCAGGUAGCGUGUCGGGUCAUCAUGCCUUGUCGCUGGUGGGUGGCACGGAUUUUAGGCGUUGUGUAAAUUCUACACACCGAAAGGAGUUUUUUCUGAAAGGAUCUUCAGUCUCUGACCUUUUAUGUUAAUUCUCUGAGAUUUCUAGGAAAUGUUGCAAAAUGCUUUGACAAAUGAGCAGAUUGUGAAAUCUGAUUAUUGGCACUAUAUCUGUGACAGAUAUUCAUAUGGAUGUAUUCAAAUAUACUGUAAAAGAGGAAUGCAGAGAUGUCACAUUCUUACUUCCACCAAUAGAUUUACAGACGAGCACAUCGUUUUAGUUCUAUCUGAGGCUUAACGCACUGUACUGUUGAAGGCAUGGGAAUGGAUCCAAAGGCUUAGCAGAUCAUGUACUUUUUUUCUGACUGAACAGCCUUCAAUAUGUUCUAAUUACAGUAACUGGCUUUGAUGUUGAUGUUUUUGGUGUCACAUGGUGUUUCCAUGGUUCCAUCGGCUGCUCUGCUGAUUAAACUGAAGUGACAGCAACAGUUGCCAUAACUUCCAU